AUCGGAGAGCGGAUUACCUGCCGAGGCGUAUCGCGAUGGCGGAGAGGGGAGCGGGGCGACGAGCGAGAAAGCUAUAGCGUGCAGCGGGAGCGGGAGCGAGCGAGCAAGCCACGCGGGCACCCCAGUCUGUACUCUUUAGUUCCGCGCAGCGCGCCGCUCGCUUCGCCCGCCUCCGCUGCCGCGCCCGCUAUGAAGGCUAAAGGAAUGCGUUCGAAAAACAUGGAUAAACUUAUAGCCGCUGUCCAGGCGAGAGAAUGCCUCUGGGACAAGAGCUACAGAGGACACAGGAACCGUUUUAAAUUGGAGCGUUAUUGGAACGAGGUGGCCGCGGAAGUGGGGACUAGCAGUCUAAACUGCCGCAAGCGAUGGAAGAACCUAAAAGACCAAUGCCGCAAAGAAAUGAAAAAGAACCCAAACGAAUCGGAAUGGCCCCACUUCCCGAAGCUCAAGUUCAUCCACCACCAGUUCCUCGCAGAAGAUGACGAGGACGAAGGCGACACCAACGAUGAGGUCUACAACGCACUCGACGACUCCAUAAAGAGACCAAAGCUAGGAUACACCAUGAGGAAGAAGUUCCUCAUGAACAAAAGACGCACGAUAGAUGUGGAUAUGAAUAAGCUGAUAGUGUUGGUGCAGGCGAGGGAUAUAAUUUGGAACAGGCAGCUGAAAGGGCACCAUAAUUGGUAUAAGUUGGAUGAGAGUUGGAAGGAGAUUGCUCAGGAGUUGGGAGUCACACGCGACGAAGCGCGGCUCAAGUGGAAAUACCUCAGAGACCAAGCCAGAAAGGAGGUCAGAAAGCAAGAUUCAGAGUGGGAAUAUUUGCCUAAACUACAAUUUUUAACCAAUCAAUUUAACGACUACGAAGAGACUCCUGGGACUGAGGAUCAUUUCGCUGAUCAAGAUUUCGAACCUCCAGAACCAAGCAGCAGUUAUUAUAAUAUAGAAGUGCCAGAACCGACGAAUGUCGGCGUUAAGGAUGAUGAGUUCGACGAGUUUGACACUAAGCCUAUAAUUAUGGAGACUGAUUUUUAUGAUGAUGAUGAUGAAGUCCCUAAAAGCCCUUGUACGACGGCUGGGCAAGAUGCUGGGGAGCCAGCAAAGGACGAGGAUAUAGGGUUCUUUAACAGUCUGUUGCCGCAUGUGAGGAAACUAGGGCCGGCGAAGAAGCUGAUGCUUAGGAUGAAGAUUCAGGAGUUAGUUUAUAAUACUGUUUACAAUGAAACGUAGGGUAUGAAAAUGUAUUUUAUCGCAAUAUUACCAAGUUGGUAAAAAUUAUUACAAAAAAUUGGA